GAUCUCGAGGAGGAGGAUAAAGUUCAGCGAAUGGCGAAGGAUCCGAUGCACAGAAACCCUCUCUCUCUCUCUCUCUCUCUCUUUAUAUAUAUGCUCGGUCAAAACCGUUUCCUAGCUGUUGCCUCUGAUCUCUCUCUUUCGUAGACACAGAAGCUCAGGAGAAAAAUUACCCAAGGCGCAGAAAAGAUGGUGAUUCAAUUGAUUGAUUAUUACGCACAUUCCAUUCUGUUUGCAGGAAUAUCUCUCUACACCAACAACACGAUCUUCUGAUCUUCUUUUUUAUGUUCUACCUAAUUACCUCGUAAAUUGUUUACAAGUAUGUCGAAUUCAGAGCUUUUUCUCAUCAAAGACGAUGAAGAUGAAGUAAUGAGAUUCAAAAUCUUGGGGACAACAGCCUCUUCGAGAUUCGAAGAUCACGAUUAUGAUCAUGAUCAUGAUCAUGCUAUGGCCAUGGACGUGCCGGAGCUUCGUCAACGUAUAGAACAAGAAGACGGAGAAAAGAAGGGAGAAGAAGAAGAAGAUCAAGAUUGCGAUGUUUCGGUUCCUGCUGUGGUUUGCAAAAGGCUAUCUCUAGGAGAAUUAGUGGAGGUCGAGGAAGACGACGAUGGUUUAAAAACUCCAACAUCUUUGGAUAACAAAAUCCCAGCGAUCAAACAGUGCCCACCUGCUCCAAGACCUAAUAAGCAGCUGCCAAUGAAAAGAAAAUCCUCGAUCGUACUAAAAAAAACCCCUCAACCACUGAAUCUACUAGAAGAGAUCGAAGCACUCUUUCCUCUCUGGAUUGUCUCUGAUUUGCACCGCAAGAUCAAGAAAGCUCGACGAGACGAUGAAUAGAUCAGACUGUAAAUUUUAAUUAUUUGGUAAGAGAACUUUGAAUAUUAACAAGGCUCUAGAUUCUAGUCCAUGAACAUGAUAUUGAUCAUGAAUUGAGAAUGAUUUAUUUCUUUAUAGUCAUUGUUAUUGAUCUUCUUCUUCCUUUUUUUUUUUUUUUUUUUUUUUUUCUUUCUUUUUUUUUUCCUGGUCUAGAUCAUGAUUUGAUGGGAUUGUUUCUAAGACCCAGAUGAUGGCGUAAAGCGAAAGUUUUGCAAAA